AUGAAGAUUCUUGUCGUUAUUAUUCUAAUCGCAAAUGCUUUUGCUGAACCUCCAGUUGGAGAUUCCUAUUACCCCGAUGCUCAGCAACAAAGUCUUUCACAAGAAUAUGGACCACCUGGUUUCACAAGAAGCCAAAAUCAGUUAUCUUCCCAAUACGGACCACCACAGGCUCGAUCAAAUGAAUAUCUGCCUCCACAACGAAGUGUUUCCCAGGAAUAUGGAGUACCGACCCGAAGUUUCGAUUCGUCUGUAAUUUCGGAUGGUUUUAUACCAAAUCAACAAUAUGGAGUGCCUUCAGCCCGUGGCUCAGUGGCAGAUUACAAAUUACCCACGCUGUCUCAAGAGUAUGGUCUACCGUCCGGACGGUCAGAUGGAUUUGAUCAAGAAUACAGAAUUGGAAGCACGGAAGCUCAAGGCUAUGACGCCCCUAUCUCUAAAAUAUCUUCAAGAAAAUCCUUCCAAAAGCAUGGACCUCCCGCGCGAAUUGACACGUCCGUUCGUGACUUGUCCCGACAAUAUGGACUGCCAAAACCCAGAUCCCAAAGCAAUGCUAAAUCUCAAAUCGCAAAGAGCGCAGACUUAGCCGUUCCACAGGUUUUUAAGGCUCGAAGCUUCGCUCUCCAAGAUUUCGAUGUAACAAAAUCCAUUGACUCUCCAUUGCCCUCUGAUUCAUAUGGAGCUCCAUUACAACGAUCCUUUGGUGGUGUUUCAUCAGAAUAUGGAGUACCACGUAGUCUAAAUUCAAUGAACACUGCAUUCCGAUCUCAAAGUGUUUCCCAAACGAAUGGUCAUCAGGGCAUCGAUCGCAGUAUCGCAAAGAAUGCUAGAUUCGGUACAGAGUCUUAUAGUACGGUUUCUCCCACAUAUGGCGCGCCAAGGUUAUCUACCCAGUACGGUGUACCAAGCACUUCUAGGUCUGCCUUCCAGAAGCCGAGGGAAUCGUAUGGAGUACCAAAUGAAAGAUCUUUGAACGAUGUAGCUAGAUCUAAGACAAAUGCGUUUACCAGUUCAUCAUAUCUACCACCAGCCCGUAAUGCGAUGCCAGCCACAGAGUAUGGAGUGCCUGAUGUUAAUGGUAUUUUCGCUGGUCAAGGAUAUAGCUAUUCCAGGAAUGUUCUAGAUGAACUUAUCAACCAGGAGCCAGCUAAUUAUGACUUCGGUUACAAAGUUAACGAUGUCCACACCGGAAGUGAUUUUGGCCACACUGAAACGAGACAAGAAAACAAGGCGGAAGGAUCUUACUUUGUUGUUUUACCAGAUGGAACCAAACAGGUAGUUGAAUACGAAGCGGAUGACCAGGGAUUCAGACCACGCAUCUCCGUGGAAGCAGUGGAGACACAGGGUUAUGAUGAAAACGCUGCUGAUCUGUCAAGAUCAGGUCCCUACUGA